AUGCAUGCUAAAGACAGACUAAACAAAGAAAGUGCCGUGAAAACACAAAGUACCGGGAAAACCAAUCCAAUUCAGGAAAGUUGGACAACACAGCAAAACAAAUCUCAAGCGUGCCAAUCAAAAGGACGAGAGAACCUGCAGAAGAAUGUAAUGCAGCCAAUCAUUGCAACGAAGAUCAAGUCACAAACGGGCGAUCAAGAUUCAGAGAUAGCCGGUCUCCAGUAA